GAGAAUAAUGCAAGAUCCUGAGGUCAUGGAKGGUCUGAUCAAAGUUAUAGAACGAUUAAUACCAUCUAUCGAUGAUYAAGUUCAAUGUUCAAUCGAAUUAGAAUUGUACAAUGAAGCAAAAGGCAUGUUUUCGAGUAAURUAGCAAUAAGGACGAGGGGUGUUAAAACACCAGCUGUAUGGUGGUCUCUUUAUGGUGUUAAUGCUCCGAUUUUACGAAAGUUAGCCAUGAGAGUCCUUAGUCUAACGUGCAGCGCUUCUGGCUGUGAGCGCAAUUGGAGUGUUUUUGAACACAUUCAUUCCAAGAAGAGGAACAAGUUAGAGCAAAAGCGUCUUAAUGACUUGGUUUAUAUAAAAUAUAACCAAGCACUUAAAGAGCGCUACACUCUACAAGACCAACUUGAUCCAAUUACUUUGGAUCAUAUUGAUGAAAGUAAUGAAUGGUUGAUCGGAACACUCGAAGAAGAAGAUGGUCAAAUAGAAAAUGAGUUGGUCUUUGAUGAUGACGACCUCACAUGGCGAGAUGUAGCCGAGGCUAGUGGUGUUAGAGAACCCAUAAGGCAAACUAGAACAUAUGCAAGAUCUAAAGGAAAGUCGCCUGCUACUCCCGCUCCUACAACUUCAAGAGUUCGAAAAUCAGUGCAAGUUGUGGUUAGUGAUGAUGAUGAUGACACCGAAGAAGAAGAAGAAGAAUUGGAAAAGGAAGAUUGUGAGGACGUCCAAGAUGAAGAGAAUUUAGAUUUAGAUGAGGAUGAUGAGCUUUGAUUACUUAUAUUUACUUUUUGUUCUAUUUCAGACUCUACAAUUUCUUAAUGUUGCUUGUCUUUAUUUGGAACUAAACUUAUAGAAUUUGGUUGUUUUAUGCAUCUUGUUGACAUUUACUAUUUUGGUAUUGAUUUUUUUAAGGUAAUUUAUGCACUAUAUAUAUAAUUUUUACUUAUUUAUCAAGGUGCGCCUCGCUUCAAUCGGGCGUCGCCUUUGUAUCGCCUCUCGCCUCAAGGCGAUCAAAGG